GCCCUGCGGCCCGCGCGCGCCCAGCCACCGCCGCCAUCGGACAAUAGGUCGCCCGCCCCGGCUGCCGUGAACUUCCUGCCGCGGCCCGGCGGGCCCGUGCGCCCCGGACCGCGCUCCUCUCCGCGCCGGCCGGGAUCACGGCUCCGCGGCCGCCGGGGGCAGCAGCGGAGGACCGAGCGCCCGGGACGUGUCUGCGCCGCUGGCCGCUGCGCUUCUGCUCCGGCCGGAGCGGUCCGGCGGCCUCCACACCCCAGCAAAGCCGGCUUCACCGCGCCGGCCCCCGUCCAGCGGCUGCCUUGUGGGUUUCCGAUUUGGUUGCUUAAGGAGGAUGUGAUUUUUUUUCUGUUUUUUUUUUUUUUUCCUUUUAUGAUUUGAAAAAGAGAAAAGAACGUACAGCAAGCUGGGUCAGCGAAGCGCCACCAGCGGCCCGCACGUGGACACCUCCCGGAGGAAAGGGAGUUGGAAGCAAACUUGGUCCGACUGGCCUUGAGGCCUCAACUUCGGCUGGACUCUAAGGCGUGGGAUCAUGACUCUCAUGCUGGGCAGGUGGAAGGCUUUAUCUGUCUCGGGCUGGACUUGAGACCCCACCCUUCGCCAGCAUCUCCCCCCACACCCCCACUCCCCCACUCACACCUGGCACCGGGGCUAGGCCCGGACGCCCGUCUGCGACAUGGAUAAGUACGAGGAUCUGGGCCUGGAGGCCAGUAAGUUCAUCGAAGACCUGAACAUGUACGAGGCCUCCAAGGAUGGACUCUUCCGAGUGGACAGGGGUGUAGGCAACAACCCGGAGUUUGAGGAAACACGCAGGGUGUUUGCCACGAAGAUGGCCAAAAUCCACCUCCAGCAGCAGCAACAGCUCCUGCAGGAGGAGACCCUGCUCAAGGGAAGCCGAGGCCCCCUCAAUGGUGGGGCCCGCCCGGGCCCACAGGUCCAUCGGGAAGCUGGUGUGGGCAGCAAGCUGACCCUGGAUGGUGCUGCCAAGCCCCCUCUUGCUGCCCCGACAGUGGGUCCUGGGACAGCCACCACCCUCGCUGCUGGGCAGCCCUUGUACCCACCCCAGGAGCAGAGGGCCAGGCCGUACGCCCGUGUCAUGAGGCAUGGCAGCCAGGACUGUGGUUCCAGGGAGAGUCCGGAGAGUUCUGAGUCUGCUUUCCACCAGCUGGGACCCUGCCAGGAUCCUUCCUGCCUCACCCAUGGAGACUAUUAUGACAACCUCUCCUUGGCAAGCUCAAAGUGGAGUGAUGAACCAGGAGUGUCCCCCAGCAUCAGGCUGGGAGUAGGGAGUGGGUGGCCUGGCCCCCCAGGGAGUGACCCACCACUGCCCAAACCCUCCAGGAACCAUCACCUGUACCAGCCGCAGCUCUCCCCGAGCUCCAGCAGGUCAUUUGAAAGCAGCCAGGAUGGUGGUGUUGGUGGCCGCAGCAGUGAGAAGCCAGCGGGUCUUUGGACUACUGCCUCCUCUCAGCGGGUCAGCCCCGGCCUUCCUUCCCCAGGCCCGGAGAAUGGGGCCCUCCUGGGGCCCCCUCAGCCCAGGACCCCUUCCUUCUCAGCACCCCUGGCCCUGAACUGCCCCAGUCAAGGAGCUCUUCCAAGAACAAACUCAGGGGUGGGGAGUGAGGUUUCAGGCAUGAUGCCCAAACCCGCUGUGGACCCUCAAUCUUGGCUCCAGGAUGGGCCCAAAUCUUACCUUCCUAGUUCUGCCCCAUCAUCCUCGCCAGCCAGCACGGACAGUUUGCAGUCGGGUGCGGCCCCUGGGCUGGGUCCCAAGCCUGGCUGCACAGACCCUGGCAUUGGUCCCAAGCUCAGCCCCACCAGCCUUGUCCAUCCAGUGAUGUCCACCCCGCCUGAGUUAUCUUGUAAAGAAGGUCCCCCUGGCUGGUCGCCUGGUGACAGCCCGGGGCCUGUGCUCCCGGAGAGCCCCAGCACCCCCAGGGUGAGGCUGCCCUGCCAGACCCUCAUCUCGGGCCCUGACCUUGGGCCCUCAGCUGCUGAAUUGAAAUUAGAAGCCCUCACCCAACGUCUGGAGCGUGAGAUGGAUGCUCAUCCGAAGGCCGAUUACUUUGGAGCCUGUGUGAAAUGCAGCAAAGGGGUGUUUGGGGCCGGCCAGGCCUGCCAGGCCAUGGGGAACCUCUACCAUGAUGCGUGCUUCACCUGUGCGGCCUGCAGCCGGAAGCUGAGAGGAAAAGCCUUUUAUUUUGUCAACGGCAAAGUGUUCUGUGAGGAAGACUUCCUGUACUCUGGAUUCCAGCAGUCUGCUGACAGGUGUUUUCUUUGUGGGCAUCUGAUCAUGGACAUGAUCCUGCAGGCCCUGGGGAAAUCCUACCACCCUGGCUGUUUCCGCUGUGUCAUCUGUAACGAGUGUUUAGACGGUGUGCCCUUCACCGUGGACUCAGAGAACAAGAUCUACUGUGUUCGAGAUUACCACAAGGUGUUGGCCCCCAAGUGUGCAGCCUGUGGGCUUCCCAUCCUUCCACCUGAGGGCUCAGAUGAGACCAUCCGUGUUGUGUCCAUGGACAGAGACUACCAUGUGGAGUGUUACCACUGUGAGGACUGUGGUCUGGAACUCAAUGAUGAAGACGGUCACCGCUGCUACCCGCUGGAGGACCACCUGUUCUGUCACUCCUGCCAUGUCAAGAGGCUGGAGAAAGGCCCCUCGUCCGCAGCCCUUCACCAGCACCACUUCUAGCCAGAGCCUCUCACAGACGGCAUGGCGCGCAUGAGAGCCAGGGUUGCCCAAUGAGAAAUCUGCCUGUUGAUUCCAGCGGCCCUGGAGUGGAACUGGGCUGGAGGGAGAAGGGGUGGGCAGGCGAGUUCCUGCACGUCCGUGUGGGACGCCUUGCCUUUAACCUGGGGGGUGAACCCUGCCUAUCUGUAUGUGUAGUUUCCAAGUGCCUUUCUCCGCUGCCACACCCUCACCAGAUUACUCAGGAAGACACUCCAGCAAGCGUGUGGCAUGUGACAGGAGAUCGCAUCAGUGCACCUGAAUGAACCCUCCUGUCCCCUCUGGGAACAGUUCCUGCUUCAGAGGGAAAGGUUUGCCUUAGACGUAUUUCACAAUAUCCUCGGAAGAGAGAUUUCAGCUGCCAGUACAUUCAAACCUUUCCCUCCCCUUAGGAAAACACCUGCACCCAAACACCCCCUCCCAUCCUUAUACACACUUGCAUGCGCGUGCGCACGCGCGCACACACACGUACACACACACACUCCCUAUGGUUUCUUCCAUCCCAGAGCUUCAGUUUUUUUGUAAAAUGGCUGCAAAUGUUAAUUGCAUUAUUGCAAGAGGGAAGCCCCGUCGUGUGCUUUGUAUCUUAGGAAGAAUUUACUUGGUCAGCCAGAGCUAAGUUUUGAAAUAAGCGAGACAGAGUUUCCUGCUCGUCCACUGACAGCAUUUUCUGUGCUGCUGCAAAUCUUCACUCCCUUCAAGGCAGCUAGGGGCCCGAUGGAGAUUUGCCCUGUUCUAGCAAAGUGUGCUUUGGGACGAGAACUUGGUGCAGGCACCAGGCUCUCUGUGCCCCUUAUUUGUGCUUUUUAUCUGGAGCUGUCC